AUUGCCAGCUGUGUUAAGAUUUCCGUCCGUCCGUGUGUACACAUGACCAGGUCGUCCAUAAGUCUCUAGUUGGCAUACACGCGUGCACAUCAAUGCUCCUACAGCGAUCCCCAGUUGCAAGUUGAGAACUGCAGGCUUGUAGACCCAUCUAUGCUUGCAGCUGAGUCUGCAAUCGUCUCCAACUAUAGUUGGAGUGAAUCUCCUUCGUACAUCAACAACGUCAGGCUGGUCAACCGAUUGACUGGUUACGUACUGACUUCACUCACAAAACGACGCCUAGAGACGAGUAUUCAGUAAUAUCAAUUGCUUGAAACGUUGUCACGGUUUUGGACGGCGAGGAAAGCACAAGGGUACACAAAUCACCGGGGUCCGAAAUCACCAGCAGCUUUGCAUCAUGACCGGUGAUAUGUGUACCCGACAUGAGGUCUGGAGCAUCGAGUCGACGGUCUGGAAUCGCGAGCAAAGCGCGAGGGUGCACAAAUCCGUCACUCUCCACCUGGAAGCGUUGAGGUAAGCCAAAAAUUGCGACGUGGGUUUUCCAUGCGGGUUGGUCACUUGUUAAGUUGAUUGUACUGAAACAUGCACACUUCUCAUCUGUUGCAGCAUUCAUAUAUCGCUAGAAUGGCAAAGGACUCGGCAGUCAAGCUGAUUGUUACUGAUGAAGAUGCAAAGCCAAUUGCUAAGUCACAGCAUAGUAACAAGCUUACUUUGUACUUUGGCUUGGCAGUGGCUGCUACCGUCGGCAUGACAGUUCUAGCUACAGUCCUAGCUGUCACCUGGGUCAAGAGUCUGCCAUGUACCUCUGGAACGUCCGGUAUUACUGCGCCUGCAGGUUGUGCUAUACCCAAGAGUACAUUUCCGGAAGAUUGGCUCAAGUUCUUUCAUAUUUCUGAUGUUCACAUUGACCCCGAAUACCUUGACAAUAUUUCAGGUGAUACCUAUUGUAGGAAUUAUUCUGCUGAAGCUAAACUUGCUUCUUACCUUGCUCCUUAUGGUCGACCAAACUGUGAUUCUCCGAAACUUCUGAUGCAGGACGCUUUCCAGACAAUGAAAAAAAUCAGCACUAGCAUAUGGGAGGAGAAUUGGCCUGACUUCAUUGUUUUCACAGGUGACAUGGCUGCCCACUCCCUUGGCACUCCCACAGGGGAUGUAGUUCUUGGAGCUAUUACCAUAGCUACAGAUGGGCUUCGAAACACAUUUCCAAACUCUUAUGUUUUCCCCUGUCUGGGCAAUAAUGAUAUACCAGAAGAUUACUACAUUCCUCCUCAUCCACAAGGAUGGUACACUGAAGUAAUGAACAAGUGGAAAGAAUUUGUUAUUUGUGAACACUGCUACUGGCGAUUUGAUCAGCAGCCUGUGAAAGAAAAUGAAUUUAUGAAAACGUUUGUUACUGGUGGUUAUUAUAAAGCACAGCUAACUCCUAAACUUAGUUUGCUUGUGUUAAACACCAAUUAUUUCAGUGCCUGGGCAACUGUUCAAACAGAGCUGUUUUUGGAGACUGCAAAAGGUCAACUGGAAUGGUUGAGACAGCAGCUUCAGAGUGCUGAAGACAAUGAUGCAAAAGUGAUUAUUUCAGGUCACAUACCACCUGGCAUCUCUACCUAUGGUUUGUCACCUCUUUGGUUUGACAACUAUACUAAAACAUAUUUGCACUUGACUGCAGAAAGAUAUCCUCAUGUUAUUGGAGGACAGCUGUUUGGCCACAUACAUAGGGAUGACUUCAGAUUUUUCUUUGCUCAACCUGAUCAGCCAUUGGUGGAGGAGUCGUCGGCAAUCCUCCUAACUCCAUCUAUUUCUCCAGUCUACAACAAUAAUCCAGCAUUCCGUCUGGUUUACGUUGAUGACCAAACCAACGCAUUUGUAGAUUACAAGCAAUGGUACUUAAACAUGGCUCUGUCAAAUGAGCACAACGAAACUCACUGGUUCCAUGAGUACACAUUCUCUGAAUCAUAUCCAUCGUGCUUUGGACAAGUGAUUAAUAAUGAGAAGAUCCUUGACAUCACUAAUGGUGUUAUCUCCAGGAGAGAGGACUACACGUGGCUGCAGUAUAUCUGGCAUCGUCAAACCGAGUUUCUCCCAGACACAGCAACAUUCUCACAGAAUUUACAAUAUUGUUGUAUGCGCAGUAUAACCUCAGACAUCCUUGAGAAGUGCAAGAAAGAGCAUCCAUUUAUACCUGGAUAAACAGCACAUGGCAAACUGACUCAUCAAUUCUGUUCUUGUUUGGGAUGUCCCAAUUUCUUCAACUUCAUCUUAGUUACUGUUGACUGUUUAGUGAUGAAAACCUAUUAGUCUUUAAAUGGUAUAAGGCAGUUACAUUGAUCACAAAGUAAACUCAUUAUUCAGUGUCUAUUAUAACAUUCAGUGUGUCAUGUGUGUGUUGAUUGAUAUAACGCAUUGAAAUUUUAAAUUACAAAACAAUCUUUUGAAAUUGAUAAACACAAUCAUGCUUAAUAGUCAUUUGUUGUGAACACGGAUGUUUUUAUGGCAAUAUAAUGACAAAUUGGAUUAAGACCUCUGAACAGAAAAAGGUAAGAUAACAGGUUCUGUUUCCAAGUUAGAGUUCGAUCUGUCAGAGUUGGAGUUGGGUCCAACAGUCACAACACAAUAAUUUAUAAUUUCUGU